AUGAUCACCAAUAUUCAUUCCCAAAGUGACGAACAAAUGGACAAUAUUUUUGUCUUGAAUAAUUUUGAUCAGUUAAAUACUGUACUAUUAGAAGAGGCAGAUAUUUUGACAGUCGAGAAAAUUUGGGAAAUUAUUACAACUAGUGGAAGCCUUGCAAGCGACAAAUCAAAUGGAAACUCAAGGGUUAUCUCUCAGAAAAAUGCAACCCAUAAUUCUAAAAAUUCAACAACAGGUUUUACACCAGGAUACGUUAGUGAUUUUGAAUUAAAUGCAUUUGGAGAAUUUUGGCAAGGAGCCUCAGGGGAAAAAUCUGACACAUUAGGAUUUUCUUCCAGAUGCUUUUUAGAAUUAGCACCGGUAGUUGGAGGACCUGUCAUGGUUGACCUCCGAGAAUUUAUGGAGCAAGUAAAACCAGAUGCCAUAGAGGAACAGAAAAGACCCCUACAGGAUAUCAAUAUUGCGGGGAACCCAAUAUUUGAGAAUUCUUCUCAGAUAGAAUUUUCCAAUGUGCCCGAGACCUCGAAGAAUUCGAGAGUAUCAGAAGACGCUACUGAGUUGAUCACUAAUGCCACUCAGUUUCUUGGAGACAAUAAAGUGUCAGAAUUCCAAUCUACCAAUUUACGGGGGUCCAGGCAUAUUCUAAAUACUAAAAAACUGGCAUGCAAGCAGAAAUCUAGAAGUACAGUAACCAACCUAAACGAUGGGUAUAGAAAGUUAAAGGGCAAAUUAAAAAGAGAGAUUUCAACAUGUAACAAGCUUGAACUCGAAAAGCAAGAUCAAUUGCUUCAACUGCAAGGACUUAAAGAUGAAUAUUCAAGACUUCAAGAUAAGUUAACUGGGGUAUUGGCCAUGAACAACGAACUUGAAAAGAGGAAUCAAAUGACCGAUUUCUACAAGUUGAAUUUUACAAAUCAAUAUAGAAAAUUCGACUCUAAAUUCGACGAGUUUGAAAAAAGCACAUUAUUACUACAGAAAGAGAGAAGUGCCAGAAGAGCGUUGCUCCGGGAAAUGAAGGCCUGUUCAAUAAAUAUGAAAAGCUUAAAAAAGAGAAAGAUAAAGCCUGCUGGGAACAAAGAGCUGAACAAUUUAAAGGGUUGGGAGUCAAAAUACAUGCAAUUUGCAGAACGAUGUAGUACUGUUGAAAGAAUUAUUCAAAAGGGAGAAGUGAAUUUACAAAAGCUAUUUUAUGAAUUAAGAAAUCAUUCAAAAGAAUUUCAUCCAGUUAAAAUUGAUGAAACCAGCUUUUUUCCUUCCACACCUACUGAUUCAUGUAUGACAGAAAGUUCAUGGAUUUCAAAAUAUCUUGUUCUUGAAAAAAAUUCAUUAUCAGAGGACUUGAAUACUAUUCCUCCACUCUCAUCUGGCCUUUGUAGGAGUGUAUGUUAG